UCGGCGGCUCGCUCCAUCGCCUCCCCCCUGCACCGCUCGCCCCUCGGCGCCGCCAUCUUGGAUUUUAAUCCGCCAUUUUUUUCCUCCCCCCACUCGGAAUUAUUUUCUACCACUACCUCCGUGCUUUUUUUUUUUUUUUUUUUCUUCCCCCUUCCUCACAUUUUUUUUCCCCCUCCUCGGCUUUCUCUUUUCUCUCCUCGCCAUCUUUUUUUUUUUUUCUUUUUUUUUUAAAUUUCCCUUCUCGCUCCUUUGCCUUGGAUGAGCCAUUUCUCGCACCCAGCGGACGCUGGGGCAGCACCAGCGGCGGCGCGGAGGCGGCCUAAGUAGGUAUUGGAGCUGAAAUUAUUCAUCCACUUCUCUGAGCCUUUUGAAAAGUGACUAAAUGCAACUGGGUCAGGUUGUCUGUGGGCAUGAAGUGGUUGGGAGAAUCCAAGAACAUGGUGGUGAAUGGCAGGAGGAGUGGAAGCAGGGCGUCUAACGACCACGUGCAAAAUCAAACCAAAUUGCAGCACACAGGAAAGGAGAAUCCCAGGUCUGGCAAAAAUGGAGUUGAGAGAAGAUCAAGCAGAUGUAGUGGUGCUUCAGGAUUUGAGGGUCAGAGUCGUUAUGUGCCUUCCUCUGGAAUGUCUGCCAAGGAACUGUGUGAGAACGAUGACCUAGCAACUAGUUUGGUUCUUGAUCCUUACUUAGGUUUUCAGACACACAAAAUGAAUACUAGAUUUCGACCUAUAAAAGGAAGGCAAGAAGAGCUAAAAGAGGUGAUUGAACGUUUUAAGAAAGAUGAGCACUUAGAAAAAGCCUUCAAGUCCUUGACGUCAGGUGACUGGGCCCGGCACUAUUUUCUUAACAAGAACAAAAUGCAGGAAAGGUUGUUCAAAGAACAUGUAUUUAUUUAUUUACGAAUGUUUGCAACUGACAGUGGGUUUGAGAUACUGCCUUGUAACCGGUAUUCUUCUGAGCAGAACGGAGCCAAAAUAGUUGCAACAAAAGAGUGGAAACGGAAUGAUAAAAUAGAACUACUUGUUGGCUGUAUUGCUGAACUAUCAGAAAUGGAAGAAAACAUGCUGCUGAGACAUGGGGAAAAUGAUUUCAGUGUAAUGUAUUCCACAAGGAAAAACUGUGCACAGCUGUGGCUUGGUCCUGCUGCGUUUAUCAAUCAUGAUUGCAGACCUAACUGUAAGUUUGUGUCAACUGGCAGAGAUACAGCAUGUGUGAAAGCUCUGAGAGAUAUUGAGCCUGGAGAAGAAAUCUCUUGUUAUUAUGGAGAUGGCUUUUUUGGAGAAAAUAAUGAAUACUGCGAAUGUUACACCUGUGAAAGGCGCGGAACUGGUGCUUUUAAAUCAAGAGUGGGAUUGCCAGCCCCUACUCCUGUGAUUAAUAGUAAAUAUGGACUGAGAGAAACAGAUAAACGAUUGAACAGGCUCAAAAAGCUGGGUGACAGCAGCAAAAACUCAGACAGCCAGUCCGUCAGCUCUAACACUGAUGCAGAUACCACUCAGGAAAAAGCUAAUGCAACUAACAGAAAAUCUUCAAUUGGAGUGAAAAAGAAUGGCAAAAAUAGAACAUUAACGAGACAGUCUAUAUCAAGAAUUCCAGCAUCAUCAAACUCUACCUCAUCUAAACUAACUCAUAUAAAUAAUUCCAGGGUACCAAAGAGACUGAAAAAGCCUGCAAAGCCUUUACUUUCAAAGAUGAAGCAGAGAAAUCAGUGCAAAAGGCCAGAGCAAAAGAAUGCUUCUAAAAAGCUCGAAAUGGGAAAUUUAGUUCUCAAAGAGCCUAAAGUAGUUUUGUACAAAAGCUUGCCCAUCAAAAAGGAUAAAGAAUUAGAGGGACCAGUCAAAGUUGCAGUCUCUAGUGGAUGCUUAACAAGGCACGCGGCAAGAGAGUAUAAACUGAAUUCUGUGAAAGGUGCUCACGAGCAUGGUGACAUACCACCGUGCACAUACAUAACACGGAGGUCAGUGAGAACACGGAUGAGUUUGAAGGAGACCUCUGACAUAAAGCUUGAACCAAAUACUUUGGAUAGCUAUAAGAAUAACUUGGCGAGAACACGAUCGGACGUUUUAGAGCAGCAGUCUCGUGCAACGGAUGAAAGCAACCUGGCUCAUGGGACGUCACACAAAGGGGAGGCCAGGUGUCAGAAAAAUGACGCGGGCACGUCAAAAAAGAAGUCUCGACAAGGAAAACUAGUGAAACCACCUGCAAAAUUAGAUGAAACGGAUAAUACGCACAAUACACCUGUGAAAGAUGAAGUACCAGACUUGAUCAGCUCUCACUCAGAGAGCGGAGAGAGGAAUAACGUGGUAGAUAUACCUGUUAGCUAUCAAGACUGUAUCUCUGGAUCUGGUAGCUGUUCUGUUGUAACAUCUGACAGUUUCAAAGCAAAGGACGGCUUCAGAACUGCAAAAACUAAAAAGAAAAGACGAAUCACGAGGUAUGAUGCACAAUUAAUCCUUGAAAAUAGCUCUGGGAUCCCUAAACUGACUCUUCGUAGGCGCCAUGAUAGCAGUAGCAAGGCAAAUGACCAAGAAUCUGAUGGAAUGAAUUCUUCAAAAAUAAGCAUCAAAUUAAGUAAAGACCAUGAAAAGGAUAAUAAUUUAUAUGUAGCAAAGCUAAAUAAUGGGUUUAACUCAGGAUCAGGCAAUAGUUCAACAAAACUAAAAAUACAGUUAAAACGAGAGGAAGAAAAUAGAGGGACGUACCCUGAGGACCUUCAUGAGAAUGGUGUGUGUUGUAGUGAAACUCUCUCCCUUUUGGAGUCAAGAAUGGAAGUAGAUGAUUAUGCUCAGUAUGAGGAGGAAACGGCAGAUGAAUCUUCAUCAGAAGAGGAUGAUGAAGAGGAAGAUGACUAUGAUGAUGAAUUUGAUGACUUUAUUCCUCUUCCUCCAGCAAAGAGAUUAAGGCUCAUUGUUGGCAAGGAUUCAAUAGAUAUUGAUAUUUCUUCCAGGAGGAGGGAAGAUCAGUCUUUAAGGCUCAAUGCAUAAGCUUAUAGGUCUUAAACUGACCUGGAUGUCAUUUUUUAAAAAACAAACAUUAAAAAAAAAUUAAAAAAAAAAAAAAAGCAACAACAAA